CCAAAGUCACUGGCUGUUUCACCAUCCACCUUAGACUGCAUUUAAAACGAGUACACCCAGUUGCAAAAAGAGGGAAGGUUUUUGUAUCCGCGGCAGAUGAUCAAAGAUGAAUGAGGAAGCUAGCUUUGUUUAUCUCGCCACUGCACAUUAAAGCGUGCAGGAAGACAUGGACCCGAAAUGCCUUUGAAGCAACUGCGCCACCAUGUAUUUGGGUUCUAACAGCCGCUCAAAGCCCAGCCCCAACAGCAGCAGCAUCACUGAGCUGCUCAGUGCUCUGUGUGACUGCAGCCUCUCCGGGGUGUCAUGGAAGCGCCGGGCUUUGGGGGGAGUCUCCAGAGACAGCUUUCACAGGGCUCUCAAGAAGCGUGCCUAUGGUGCCCUGCUGUCAAAAGUGUUUCAAGAUGCCACCAAAGACUCCCCAUUAGGACAAAGUGCAACAAGGAGCACACCACCCAGAAACAAAGUCCUGAUGAUGUGUUUUGACCUACGCGUGGCAGGGUGCAGAGAGGAAGCAGAAGCUUUGGAGGAGCAGCUGGGAAUGCUGCCCGAUGGAGCUUCCUCUGGUCUUAAAGAAGUAGAUGCAGUCCUUGAACUUCUGGUCUUUCUGGCUGGCUCCGCACCUCCACCCAUUGCCUCCUUUAACAGGGAUUACAUGAGGCGAGAAAGGCCUGUGCUGCGGAGACCUCAACCCUGGAGUUACCAAAGCGAGGAGCUGCAGAGACUCGAGGCCCGGGCAUGGGGUUUAGUUUGUGGGGAGGAGUGGGGCACUCUGGAGAGUCUUUGUGCGGCUCAGAGGCUGAUGGAUGCUCCACCCGGGACUGGCUUGUUGGCUCUGAGAACUAAACUUGAUGCAGAAGAAAAGUUUGAGAAGGAGACCAGAUUGUCUCUGUUUGGAGCACUUCAGCACACACGCACAUCAGACAUGGACAUAAGACUGGACAUACCUCCUGUUCCCAGUAAUGUUGAUGUUACUGGACUUGCUAUUAGGGUUCCCCACUGCUUGGAUCAGUCUGAGGAUGAAGGCUUUCAGUCUGCAUCAAAUUUGACCCCAGACUCUCAAUCAGAGCCAAGCUCAGUUCCAGACUUUGAUAUGUGGGAGGCUCUUCGGACCUUUGAGCCUGGAAGACGCCGCUGCUGGGAGUCUGUUGGCUGUCCACCAGGAAAACACGAGUCUUUCUACCUAACAGAAGGAGGCAGGGAGGCUUUUGACCAGCUGUAUCGGCUAUGGGAGGGGCAAAUGAGGGUGGUGAGCCUGAAUACACCCUCUCCUAUCCUCCCGCUGCCUCUGGACUCUCAGACGCAAUUGGUGUCUGACCUCCUUAAUGUCCUGAUUGGAGUGGCGUCCAGCACCUUCCCUCUCAACCAGAAUGUUCAUUUUGACGUCAGACCUGGCGUCUGCAUCUCAGGAGCUUCUGCAGAGAGCGUGUCUCGUCUCUUGGGAGAAUUAGCCCAGUAUGGCACAUACUACCUGAGGCUUAGCCGCUUCUCUCUGCAGAGUGCUGACAAGAAAGGCCUCGUCUUCCAGGCUUUCACCGGAGGACUGAGAAAGUACCUGCAUUACUACAGGGCGUGUGUUCUGAGCACUCCACCUACUCUCAACCUGUUGACCAUCAGCUUUCUUUUCCGCAAAGUGGGCCGCCAACUCAGGUACCUGUCGGAGCUGUGCUGUGUAGACGGGCUUUUGGGUGCUGGCCAAGCCACCUUUCCUGUGGGAAUUAAGCUGCUGUCCUACCUGUACAACGAAGCCCAGAAUAACUGCAGCAAUGAAAACUAUCCUGUCCUGCUGUCACUGCUAAAGAGCAGCUGUGCGCCAUACACACGGUUCGUUUCUGACUGGGUUUACAACGGCCUUUUUCGAGAUGUUUAUGGUGAAUUCAUGAUCCAGGUCAACGAAGAAUACCUCAACUUUAGGGACAAACACUUCUGGAGCCAAGGCUACACUCUGAUCUCAAAAGAUGUAGAGGAUUGUGUGCCAAUUUUCCUGAAACACAUUGCCAACGACGUGUAUGUCUGUGGAAAGACCAUCAACCUCCUCAAAAUCUGCUGUCCACAGCACUACAUCUGCUGGUCGGAGCUGCCAGCACCCCGCAUCGCUGUCACCUUCUCCCUGCAGGAGGUGGAGGAGAUUGAGAGGGAGUGUGCGGUGUAUCGUGGACGCAUGGAAAGGAUCGCUAAACACAGUGCCGUCAGCCGGGAGGAGCAAGCUCUCCGAACAGAGAAAGCCCGCCAGGAGCUGAUCAAUCAGGUCAGAGAGUCUGCAGUCAAAACCCUGGAGAGCAUUCGUGGGCGUCAAGUGUCACUACGUCUGGCUGAGGAGGCCAAAAAGAGAGAGCGCUUUGAGGAGCUGAAGCAGCAAUUGGAGCAGGAGCAGGAGUGGCGAAACGCAGCCAAGAAGAAGCAGGAGGCAGAUGACUUCAGCUUUACCAGAGAGCUAAGAGACAGAGAAAAGAGGCUACAAGCCCUAGAAGAGCAACUGGAAGAGAGAGCCAGAAAGGAGCUGAUUGCUCAGUACAGCCGUCUGUCAGAAGAAGCAGCUCGCAGAGAGAGACGAGCCCUGUGGAGAGUGCAGCGAAUGAGACUCGAUGAUGCUCGCACUCAGUUCUUCAUGGUUGACAGGCAGAACAUACAGGCAAUACUGGAGAAAUAUCCCUUGGGCAAGGAACGACCUCCCAUAGAAGAACUGCAGCCCUUGCCCUCUGCACAACAAGUAAUGAAAUGUUCAACUGAGGAGGAGCCAUCCGAGGACAUUCAGAACUCUGGAGUGGAGUCCCCCCCACAUGGUCCAAAUAAUGCAGCUUUUGCUCUUAUCCCUGAAGGCAUCAAUGACUUGGACCCUAACUCACCAAAUCCAGACAGUCAGCAAGUAGAUAAAGCCCUAGAGAUCAUUGGAUCUGAACUACCUCAAGCCGUACCCACUGCACAGCUUAUAGACUAUGACUUUAGUGCCCCCUUUAGUCCACUUGAGGGUAUCAUUAGCCAAACCACAAUCCAGGAAAGGCCACAUUGGGGACCAGCGGUUCUGCCUAAAUUGAUGCAAAACCAGAUAGGAACUGAGGAAAACCUGUGUCAAGUUGAGGAGGGCAUCCCUAAACCCAGUCCUUUUGGGCAUCCCUCUAAAUCCAACUUUGUUUUGGGGCACUACACACCAGAAGAACCCCAGAAAACCACUGUUCAUGGACAUCAAGUACUCACAGGUAGCAGUCACGAGGAACCUGCACUCCAACUGCCACAAGAUAGCGAAAAAAGGAAUUUGAAAAGUAACCCAGAGGGAUAUGAAGAUGCAGGUCAGUCUGUUACAACUGUGAAAGUUGAUGCAGCCCAGGGCCAAACUGUGACAACACAGGACAAUGGCAAUAAUCAAAGCGGUGGCAGACCUCAGUUAAGUCUUCCUGAUAAUGGAGUUGAGUCUGAAGGACAAAAACCUCAAGAUCAGAGCUCAGAAGCUCACAAUACAGCUUUUGACAAUCUUUUACCUUGUCAAAGUCUUGUUUCAAUGGGUUCCGUUAAGGCUGAAGAGCUGCUCUCAGAUGCUAAAGCCCCUCAACCGUCAACAGGCAUCCCUGGCCAUUCUUUUGAUGCUCACAUCAAAGUUGGACAAUAUGUUCCUGACGUGGGAGUUUUGGCUCAACCUUCAAUAGCCCGUAGUCAUUCAUCCGAUUCCCACAUCAAAAUUGGAGAACACGUUUCAGACGUUGAUACCCCUCCACCGGCAUGCAGCCUGUACGGACACUCUUCUGAUUCUCACAUCAAAAUUGGGGAAAAUGCUACUGAAUUUGUGCCCCUUGUCCCUGUUCGGAAUAUCCACGGCCAUGUGUCAGAUGCUCACAUCCUUGUUGGGGACCUAUGGUCAGACAUCAUGGCGCCUGUGCCUCCACCAAGUGUAUAUGGUCAUUGUUCAGAUGCUCACAUUAAAGUGGGAGAGAACGUUUCAGAUGUUGUAGCUCUCCAUCCUGUUCCCAGCAUCCACGGUCACUCCUCAGAUGCUAAUAUAAAACUAGGGGAGUUUGUGUCCAACAUCCCAGAAAAUCAACCUCGAUGGAGUGAGCAUGGGCACGCUUCAGACUGCAUCCUCCAACCGGGAUGUGUGGUAUCAGGAGCAGAACCGCCUCUGCAGUCCUUGCCUGGAAGCUCUUACGGUCACUCUUCCGACUCAGCACUGGUCAUCGGAUGUGUCGUUUCAGGAUAUGAACCAAAGCUCUCUCCUUUACCCGGCAGCGAGCAUGGUCAUUCAUCGGACUCACAUUUAGGCAUCGGCUGCGUUGUCUCUAAAACGGAACCACCGCCAUCACAGCUACCAGGAAGCACAUAUGGCCACUCGUCUGAUUCAAACCUUGGGGUUGGUUGUGUGGUCUUGGGCACAGAGCAGCCGCCCGCCACACUUCCAGGCAGCAUGUACGGCCACUCAUCAGACUCCUCACUUGGACUGGGCUGUGUGUUGAAAGAAAAAGAUGAUGGACACCCGAAAAAGUCAACGGAGGAGGACGGCAAAGGCAGCAGCUGCGAGCAGCUUGAAGAAAGCCCGUCCCAUGCGUUCGGUGUGAAGUCGUCCUCCGUUGAAAGCUACGAGGAGGAAUACAUCUCGGCUUUGUCUUCUCAUUACCAGGUGGAACACUAUGAAGACUUUUACAACUUUUUGGAUUUGUCUCCUGAGAGUCAGCUGCUGAAGCAGGUAACUCGGGGCCCCUGGGGCCUUCCUAUGGAGCCCACACUCCGCAGAUCCACAGACACCACAUCUGUCCAGCUGAGUGAAAUGGUUUCCCUGCCUGUGUUGAUAAAACACUCUGUCACUGCCCCACUCAUCACACAUGUGUCGUUGGUGAAUAAAGCCGUGGUGGACUACUUCUUUGUGGAAAUAGGUGUGGAAAAGCACUUUGAGGUGCUGCGUCACUUCUUGCUGAUGGAGGACGGAGAGUUUGCACAGUCGCUUAGUGAUCGGCUCUUUGAAAAGAUGGUCAGUGGUCAGACACCUGGUGAGCUGCUCACCCCUCUGGUCCUGAACUCCAUCCUCAGUAAGGCCCUGCAGUACAGCUUGCAUGGGGACACGCCUUUAGCCGCAAACUUUACAUUUGCGCUCCGCUUCCUUCCGGAGACCUUUCAUCCCCACGCACCGGACUCUCUGAACUGUCUGGAGCUACGCUACAAGGUGGACUGGCCUUUGAAUAUCAUCAUCACUGACAGCUGCAUGAACAAGUACAACCGCUUGUUUUCAUUCCUGCUGCAGCUCAAACACAUGGUGUGGAGCCUCCGGGAUGUCUGGUUUCACCUCAAGAGGACAGCACUGGUGAAAGGUGCAGGCCGCUCCGUGCAGUUCCGCCAGCUGCAGCUGUACCGCCACGAGAUGCAGCAUUUUGUUAAAGUCAUUCAAGGCUACAUCGCUAACCAGAUCCUGCAAGUGUCCUGGAGUGAGUUCACUGCCAAGCUGGCUACUGUCAAUGACCUGGAUGCCAUCCACCGCACACAUGCAGACUACCUCAACAGAGCCAUCUUCAGGGGUCUUCUGACAGACAAAGCAGCUCCAGUCAUGAACAUCAUUCAUAGCAUCUUUAGUCUGAUCCUCAAGUUUCGGGCCCAACUAAUUGCACAGCCGUGGGACAACCAGCAGGGGGAGGCUGUGCAUCCGAGCUUCAUUGCCAUGCAGCAGUCAUACAACACCUUCAAGUAUUACUCCCACUUCCUCUUUAAAGUGGUUACAAAGCUGGUGAACAGAGGAUAUCAGCCUCAUUUGGAGGAUUUUCUGCUGCGUAUUAAUUUUAAUAACUACUACAAAGACUCCUGAGUUGGGUGCUAGUCUGCAUGUUGUAGAGUCAAGUGUCCAAUUUCCUGUUGUACUUUCUAUCACCUUCACGUGAGUAUUCCAAUUCCAUCUGCACUUUUAGAAGACUGAAACUUUACAUUUAGCUUUGAGCAAUCCUAAGGCUUAUAAAAUGUAAUGUGUGCUUUUAAAACCUUGUACUACAAUGCCUCCUCAUGUGUGCCUACAACCAUUUUCAUUUUAGUACUAAAGAAAGUCAGUGUUUUCGUGUAAAUACAAAGUGUUCUGUAAAUAAAGUUCUAUGCUCUGAAGUGAUGGGGAAAAACAACUUUACAUCGAUAUUUAACAAAUACUUUUAUUUUGUUACAUUUUCCAUAUUAAUGUCUAAUUGAAAAAAAGUGUAGAUUCCAGUAAGCUGGACCUUUACCAAAAGAAAACAAAAAAAUGAAUGUACUUCUUGCCCUAUUAUUAAAAUGUGUUUUUUCAAGCAGUA